AUGACUGUCUACGAAGUGGAAACAAUCCUCAGCGCACCUAUGGGAGUCAUCGGUCAACAGCAGAGUGAAAUCUUCAUUGGCGUUAAGGAAGAGACGACGGAAGCCGCUCAGUGCGUGACCAAGCACUACUGGAUCCUGGAAACAGUCGAUUUCGAUACCCAGGACAGUCUGUUCGUCGCGGUAUUUCACAUCUCCGAUCUUCGUGAGAAUCUGAUGCUUUUUCAUCGCUUCUUCUCGGGUAAUGUGGAUCCCUUCCGUGAAUCUGACCAUGGGGUGCUUUGA